UUGUUCGAUUAAUCGAAUUCGAUGUUACAACACUACUUACCUUAGUGAAAUUUUCGAAAUUUUUUUGAUGAAGUUAUAAAUGGAAUCAUUAAAAAAUGUUUUAAAUGAUAUAAGUAUAUAUAAAAAUAAUUUCAAUUUAAAAAUAAGUUAUAAAAAAAAAAUAAAAGCUACUGAAGUAGAUAUUGAUCUCAAAAAUAUAGGGGACUUGAUAGAUGAGAGUAAUAAGGAUUCAGAACAAAUAAACCUUUCUUCAAAUUCUAUAACAUCUUACAAACAUGUUAUUCAAAAACUUUCUGAAUCCAGUAACGAAAUAAGUUUGCCCAUUUCUAAUGUUGAACAUAAUGCCAUAAUAAGUUAUAUAUCAGAUGCAAUGUUAUUUCUAACUUCUUUGGAAAUUAAUACAAAUAUUGAUCCAGGAGAAAAAUUAAAAUUAUCUAGAACGUAUACUUUAGUGCAAACACCCAAUGAAAAUCUAAUAAAUGAAAUUCGGAAUUAUAAAAUCACAACGGACAAAGUUGAAGUGAUGAUUACAAAUCUACAUAUUCUUCAAAAUUCUUCAGAUUUAACAGAUACAAGUAUAGAUGGAAACAACAUUUCUUUGGACCCAACACUGGAAUUGUAACCAUUAAAGUAUAAUAAAUUAUUAUUUUUUUUCUUUUAAUUAUAUUAAUUCU